UCAUCAACCUCCAAUUUUUUGCUUCGACUAAAGUUCUCUGCUUGGACUGAUAAAGUUCUCUGCUUGGUGUAUGUACAGUCCGACAUUCAAGGUGCUCCAUCAACACCGGUUCGAUGGCGACGGCCGACCCCAAGAGAGACGGUGCCAGCACAACCGGGACGGAAGAGAUCGGCAGUCGGUCGAAGGAGGUCAAGUGGUACAAUCCAGAACUGACCAACAUCCCCGAGGCCAUCCAAGAGGUGUUUGAGAAGUAUAGUAAGAUUCCGCCGGAACGUGUUCACGAUCACAUCUACAAAGUCAGGGAGAGGGCAUGGGACGUCUGGCCGUUUCCGUGCAUCGGAGGAUGGCGGUUCCUCACUCUCAUCCAGCACUCGAUGCCGCAAUACUCAGAGAUUGUGAGGCGACUCAUCGACGGCGAGAAAUACCUGGACCUAGGCUGCGGACUUGGACAAGAAAUGCGACGGCUCAUCUACGACGGAGUGCCCUCGGAGAAUCUUUAUGGCACAGAUCUGAGGCCGGAGUUUCUCGACAUGGGUUAUGAACUAUUUGUCGACCGGGAAACAUGUCACUCGACGUUCAUUGCUGCCGACGCCUUCUCCGAGAGCAGUGAACUCUCGCAACUGAACGGCACAAUCUCCGUCAUCUUCGCCGGUGCCUUCUUCCACUUGUUCGGUCGGAAGAAACAACUCGACAUUGCCCGGCUGGUAACACGGCUGCUCAAGCCGACAACAGGGAGUAUGGUGCUGGGGCGACAAGUCGGAAGCGUCAAGCCUGGCCUCUACGAACAUGGAACAAACCCCGACUCCAACAUGUUUCGGCAUGAUGGGCAGACAUGGCAAGAGUUGUGGGAUGAGGUUGGGGCGGAGACGGGAGUGAAGUGGCACGUGGAGACUACUCUGACCCUGGUGCCAGUUGCGGAUAGGGGCCUCGCGGAUGAGAACUUGAGGAUGCUGAAGUUUUGCGUGCGUCGGUUGUAGAAGAACAGUCACAGGAGUGAAAGGUAGAUGCCAUUCAUGUCGUGAAAGAGAGAGUUGUAACCCUUAGGGUUGAUAUUUCGCAGCGCUCGGAUCACCCUCCCGCCUUGGCAAACUCGAGAGCUUGGCGCGGGCGAAGCGCGUGGGG